AUGGCCACCCUACUUGUCCAAACGCUGCUGGGAUUUGUAGUUCCCUGCUGCAUCCUGGUGGCGUCCUACUUCUACCUCCACAGGAGGGUGAGCCAGGCGGCCCUGUUCAGGCAGCGGACGGCGACCAAGCUGGUCAUCUGCAUCGUUGUGUCCUUCUUCUGCUUCUGGACUCCACUGCACCUGUUCAACCUGCUGGCCCUGGUGAACUUGGCCGUGCAGAACGAGGUUGUGGAGAAUGUGUGUGACUCAGCUUGGAAUGUCCUCAUGGGUUUCACCAUCAUCAACAGCUGCCUCAACCCUUUCCUCUUCAGGAAUUCCCAGGGCAAGCCCCCACCCCACCACCACAUGACCCUGACUUCCAUUGAGUAG